AUGUUGGAUCUGCCUCCAAAGCGUUCUCGGGACGUUCUUAAGGCCCCAGCGGCGGAUACUUCUGAGGCCAAGACGAUCUCCUUUGCAUGCAAGACGGAUCAAAAAGGCAAGACGGCGCCUGUUGACUGUACUGUCCUGUUCGAGGGCAUACAGAAUAACAAUCUAGAGAUUCCGAAGGUCCAGUCGGCGAUAUACGCUAGCAUGCCUCGGUUGCAGAGAGUGGAUUUUGAGGGGCUUACGGACCUAAGGAAGUUGGGUUCUAAUGUCUUCAAGGCUGGUGAUGAUAAGUUGAGUCAGGAUGUUAUGUAG